AUGGCUGUCCUCAAAGUAAAAUUCACCAAAACUAAGAGGGACAAAUUGGCUCAGAUCCUAUGGAUCCUCAACUGGGUUUCUGUAGUGAGUGGGAUCAUUCUCUUCAGUCUUGGCCUCUUUCUGAAAAUAGAGAUCAAGAAGCACAACGAAGUGAUGGCAAAAGGAGACAUUAACUCUGUCCCCAACAUGCUGAUCUCUGUAGGGGUCAUAGCAUGUAUCAUCAACUUCCUGGGUGGCAAAAUCUGCUAUGACUGCUCAGAUGCCAACAAGUUCUCUCGGUGGAAACUAGUUAUGCUCCCAUAUAUCAUGUGUACCUUCUGUUUCACCUUCUGCAUCCUGUUGGGUGCUCUCAUGUGCUAUACCAUGAGGAACGAACUGGAAGAAUCUCUCUAUCUGGGAUUGAGGGAUGCUAUUAAGUUCUAUAAGGACACUGACAUACCUGGAAGAUGUUUCUUAAAGAAAACAGUGGAUAUGUUGCAAAUUGGAUUCCAGUGCUGUGGAAACAAUGGCUUUAGAGACUGGUUUGAAGUUCAGUGGGUAUCUGCUCGUUACCUGAAUAUGGCUUCCAAGGAAGUUCUGGACCGUCUGAAGAGUAAUGUUGAUGGGAAGUUCUUGGUGGAUGGAGUACCCUUCAGCUGCUGCAAUCCAAGUUCCCCACGGCCCUGUAUCCAGUACCAGCUGACAAACAACAGUGCUCACUACAAUUACAAUUUCCUGACAGAGGAGCUCAAUAUCUGGGUGAAGGGGUGCAGAGAGGCCCUGCUGGAUUACUACACAGCUAUUAUGAGAUCCACUGGUAUUGCAGCAUUGCUUAUUUGGUUGUUUGAGCUCUCCGUGCUUACUGGUGUCCGGUACCUACAAACAGCAAUGAAGAAUGUUCUUUUGCUAGGAGACCUGGAGGGUGAAUCAGAUGGUUGGUUACUAGAAAACAGUUUUGUGGAAACGGCCAAAUACAACAUCAAUAUCAUUAAGAACCUUGGCAAAGCCAACCAGAUCUCCACUGUCUCAGGCCUGAAUGAUCCCAACAUUGAUGUUCAAAACACGAACUGUGGCAAAAACAAUGUUGCAACAAAAUCUAUCCCUGCAGCUAGCUAGACAAUCCAUUCAGAGAAAUCAUGUCACAAGUGUUGCUUUGCUGUAUUACAAUCUUUGACACCAGAUUUUUUUUACUUGUGAGGAAGAAAGAAAAAGU